GGGGGACUUUCCUAAACCGAGAGGAGAGAUUGGCUCUGCAAGUUCACAAACCAGGUGCUGUAGGAUAAGAUUCACAACCAUGCUAUCCUCUAUCCUGUUUUGGGGACUUAUUGCCCUCAUUGGCACUUCUAGGGGCUCGUACCCUUUCACUCACUCAAUGAACCCUCACCUGCAUCCCCGCCUGUACCAUGGCUGCUACGGUGACAUCAUGACCAUGGAGACCUCUGGUGCCGCCUGUGAUAUAACCAGGUUGAUGAACUGCGGGAUCCGUGGUUCUGAAAUGUUUGCUGAGAUGGAUUUGAGGGCCUUAAAAACUUACCAGACCCUGAUCAAAGAAGUUGGGCUGAGGUAUUGUGUGGACCCUGCUCUCAUCGCAGCUAUCAUCUCGAGAGAAAGCCAUGGUGGAGCUGUCCUGCAAGAUGGCUGGGACCACAGGGGACUUAAAUUUGGCUUGAUGCAGCUUAAUAAAAAAAUUCAUCACCCUGUUGGUAACUGGGACAGCAAAGAACACCUUUUGCAGGCUGUUGGGAUUCUAACAGACAAAAUGAAGGCAAUCCAGAAAAAAUUCCCCACGUGGAGUGUGGCUCAACACCUCAAAGGUGGUCUCUCGGCCUUUAAGUCAGGAAUCGAUGCCAUUGUCACCCCAACGGACAUAGACAAAGACUUGGUCAAUGAUCUUCUCGCCCGAGCUAAAUUCUAUAGAAGACAUGGCUUCUAGGCAAAGCUCUGUGGGUGGGCCAUGUUGGCAGGUGUUCAGAUGGCCCCUCUUUGAGAGUUUGAUAUGGAUGUGUUGUACUCAACACAAAGAAAUGGUUGCAAUUAUGACAGAAAAUUCAGUUUCUUAAUGCAAAUAAGCAUCCAAAAAAAGAAAAGAAAGAAAGAAAAAGAAAAGGAAACCCACCCAGU